AUGUCAUUAGCAUUGAAAGAAUUGAGAAAUUUUUUCUCGUUAUCAACAUUAGAUACAAGAUUAGAUCCCAACUUAACCAAUAAUAAUAAUAAGAAACAACAAUAUUUAAAAAAUUCAUCAACAAAAUCAAAAUGGUCAACUAUAGAGUUUAAAAUAUAUUAUGUUGUAUUUGCAAUAGUCGUACCUUUAAUGUUUAAAGCUGCCAUGGAAGCAUCUAAUGAAACUAAUCCUAAUUAUCCUAAAUUUCAACAUUUAUUGAGUAAUGGAUGGCUAUUUGGAAGAAAAGUUGAUAAUUCUGAUCAACAAUAUAGAUUUUUUAGAGAUAAUUUCCCAUUAUUAAUACUACUUAUCGUUAUACAUGUUGGAUUGAGAAAGAUCUUCACACCUUUGUUAGGUAUCACUAAAAGAAGUUAUUUUGAUUUUGGAUUUGGAAUCAUUUUCUUAAUUGGAGCUCAUGGUGUUAAUGUAACUAAAAUUUCAAUGUUAAUUGGUAUUAACUACAUGAUUGGAAAAUAUAUUAAGAAUAGAAAAGUGGCAAUUUGGACUACUUGGAUUUAUGGAGUAUCCACAUUAUUUUUCAAUGAAUGGUAUGGAAAUUUUAAAUAUGGUAUACCGUUUUUAGAUAGUGGUUUCAAAGGUAUAAUAGCAAGAUGGGAUGUAUUUUAUAAUUUCACAUUAUUAAGAAUGAUAUCUUUCAACCUUGAUUAUAUUGAAAGAGAACAUCAAUUAAGUAUACCCGAUGAAACCAAAAAGGAUUCAUUAUUAAACCUAACAGAUCGUGAAAGAUUAAACGCUCCGUUACCAAUAAAUGAUUACAAUAUCGUAAAUUAUCUUGCAUAUAUUUUUUAUACUCCAUUAUUUAUAGCUGGUCCUAUAUUAACUUUCAAUGAUUAUAUAUAUCAAUCAAAUUAUCAACAAUCAUCAUCAGUAAAAGAUUACAAAAGAAUUUUCAUGUAUUUCUUAAGGUUUAUAUUUUGUUUAUUAACAAUGGAAUUCAUCUUACAUUUCAUGUAUGUUGUUGCUGUAUCAAAAACAAAAGCAUGGGAUGGAGAUUCACCAUUUCAAAUAUCAAUGGUUGGAAUGUUUAAUUUAAAUGUAAUAUGGUUAAAAUUAUUAAUACCCUGGAGAUUAUUCAGGUUCUGGUCAUUAUUAGAUGGUAUAGAUCCACCAGAAAAUAUGAUUAGAUGUAUGGAUAAUAAUUUUUCAGCAUUAGCAUUUUGGAGAGCAUGGCAUAGAUCUUUUAAUAGAUGGGUUAUUAAAUAUAUUUAUAUCCCCAUGGGUGGUGGAGGAAAUUAUAGAAUUUUAAAUAGUUUAUUGGUUUUCAGUUUUGUUGCUAUUUGGCAUGAUAUUGAAUUAAGAUUAUUAAUGUGGGGUUGGUUAAUUGUAUUAUUUUUAAUACCUGAAAUUAGUGCUUCGUUAUUUUUUAGAAAAUAUAAUCAACAAUGGUGGUUUAGAUAUUUAUGUAGUGUUGGUGCUGUUAUUAAUAUUUGGAUGAUGAUGAUUGCUAAUUUGGUUGGUUUUUGUUUGGGUAAAGAUGGUACUUUACAAUUGAUUAAAGAGAUUUUCAAAACUUUAUCUGGUAUUAGUUUCUUUGUGACAUCAUCAAUAUGUUUAUUUAUUGCUUCUCAAGUCAUGUUUGAAUUGAGAGAAGGUGAAAAAAGAACUGGUAUUGAUGUUAGAUGCUGA